GCGACAGCAGCAGCAAGCCACAACGAACGCUUCGAAUGUUGUGAACAUACAACCAGAGCGAACAGUAUGCGGAGAGCAGUUUGCCAAACUAGUAUAUUUUGUCGCUUCGAUCGGAAUAGUUCGUUCGUUUUGUUAUGGUUUUAGUUAGUUUGAUUUUUUUGGUUUCAUUUUCGCAUUACGAUUUGAUUUUCACCCAAAAACGGGCUGCUAGCAGCAAACAAAAACCCAGCAGUUACAAUUUAGAUUAGACACAACGGCCAAGCACAACCAUAGGCCCGAUUUUUGUUCCGUGAGCUUUGAAUCCGUGCUGUGUAAAUUCCGCCAUUAGAUAUUCCAAAUUUUCGGUUUGCAUGGCACAUUGUGAAAAAAAAGGAAACUCUGAGGAGAAAUUGAUUUUUCUUGUGCGACGUGCCAACGCAUGAAGCAGCAACUCCGCCGUUGAGAGGAAGAGAGACUCGAGUGUAUUGCUUUCUGCUGCUACAACUGCAAUCAAAGUACAAACAACAACAAAAAUAAAAUAAAAAAAAGAAGUUUUUACGAUUCGGCGGAAAAAUCGAAGGAAACGGCAGACGGAAAUGGCGAAUAAGGGUGAGGAUAGCAACACAACAACCGAUGAUAACAUCUCGUUAAAUGAGGAUCCAGUUGAUUUGCCAACCGCCAAAUUGAUAAUCAACAAAUUCAAGCAAAAAUGUAGGAUGCAAAGUGAGCAGAUUUUGAAUUGGAAAAAAGCGUAUAACAUGCAACGACAACAGCACUUUGCCAUUGGUCAACUGAAAACCGAACAAUUAAAUGCAUUAACUAGUCAAUUAUAUUUGUUGGAAUCACGUUUGCGACGAAAACAACGUUCGAUUGCAAACGUUCUGAUUGAAACGGAAUGUACGAUUGUGAGACAACAGAAAAUUAUUGAUACACUGUCUAGUCGUUUGGUUGACUAUAAAUUGGAUUCGUGUAGUGAUUUCGAGAAAUUGAAUGACAAUGAUUCGGCCGUUGUACUGGACCAUGAUAUCGAUUCCGAUAGCAACAAUUCAUCGAUUGCAUUGCGACGCAGACACAAUGGGGGCGAUAUUAUACGAUCGGUAUCAGAUGCUAUUGACAGCACGUUGAAUAAAUAUUUGUCCGGUAACUUGAAUCGACGCUCGAAUUGCUAUUUACGGCGGCCCGAUAUUUUGGAAACCGUUUACAGUGUGGAAGAAGAUCCCGAAACAGAGAAUGCGACCGAAAAGCGUGAAAAUUUCAAACGACAAUCGAAAAUCAGUGCUUGCAAGUCAACGGUCGAUGUGGAAAACAUUGAAUGCGAAACAGUAAGCAUAAGUAUCAGCGAACCCACCAUCACAUAUCCAAAUGUAGAUAAAACGAAGAAUGUAGUUAGCUACAAUCGCAUUAUGUCGAAUCAUCGUACAGUGACCAAGCCAAAAGAUGUUAAGUACAAGCGAAUCAAUAAGGCAAAAUCAAAAAGCUUAGAAGAGCUACGGGGUCGACUCAAACAUUGGAUCGACCGUGGCAAUAGCGAAUCAAUUGAUGCUCAGAAACAAGCUCCGAAUUACGUUUGACAUUCGAUGAAAUCUUCCGAUAAGCCAAGGAAGAGCAUUUAAAACGAGAACCAAUCACACGUCCGCUCUCUGUGGCACAAAAAGACGAAACAGAAACACAUACUCGAAUGGAAACCUCACAAAACCACAGAGAUAUUCAACAUAAAUCCGGACGCCAUGAAUGAAGGCUAUGCAUGCAGCAAAAAAAAAGAGUGUUUAUCCAAUUACACACGUUAACCAGUAAAAAUUCAAUCUACAACAAUCUUCUUUCAACACACAUUUUCUGAGAGCUGUCUAUACAUUUUGAAGGAGAAAAAAAGUUCAUGAAUCCGAUUAAAUCAUACGGUCGAUUUUUUCCUCCAUAUAUACUUCCAUGCAAUACACUAUAUAUAUUCAAAAUGUUCAGUGGAAUAUAUUUUUGCACGAAUUCAAUUUUCUACACAAUUUACACUCUAAGAAAAUGAAACUCUUUUACCUCAACACACUGGGUGAGUCCAACUGUCCAAGCUUGAUGGUUGAAAAAAAAAAGAAAUGAAAUCGAUUUUAUUGCUAAUCGAAAUGUGACAUUGCUAGCAAUUGGGCAUUGCUAGCAUCAUCCCAAAUUAUAACGCUUGGAACACCCUCCACAUGUGCGUGCAUAAAAUUUAAAGCUUCCAAAAAAAAUCAGUCAAUUAAAUGAAUUCGCUGAGUUUGAUUUUUACAUGUUUUAUUAAAAUAAUUCGUUUAGCAUUUCUAUAAAUGGCUGAAGCAACGCAAAAUACGCUUUUGGUAUUGCUUUUGGUGCACUGAUCUGAAUAAACAAAAUCCAUAUAAUGAAUUGAUAAAUUAAUAAAUCACCGUUAAUUGCUUGUAGUUGUGCACAAAUGAAAGAAAAAAAACGCAGAAAAUGAAUCAAUUGAAAAUAAAGCGAAUGAAAAAGUUGAUCGGUUUGCUGGAAAAGUGUGAUAAAAACAAUUGAUUGAACAAUAGCUUUUUUAAUAACAAGAACAAACGAUCUUUUUUCGUUUAUAACUAAUCACAAAUUUCAAUUUGCAAACCUAACAAUGUUUUUUUGUUAUCGCUUCCACAAUAAAGAAAUGAAACAAUUAAAACCUAACAAAGUUUAAUAGGAAAAGCCGAAUGCUUCGCAUGUAAUUGUGUACGAAUUUUAUCAUUUUCCAGUAAUUCAUAAUUCAUCUACAGGACCGAAUUCCAAAUGUUUAACUCUUUAAAGUUUCAUGAAGUGUGUUGGCAAUAUUCCGAUGAUAAUAAAUACUUAAGAGGUGUGUUGGUUUCAUUUUAUUUGUAAACAUUUGUUGGGGGAAAAAUUCCAAUAAAAAUGAAAACAGUUGUAGUGAAAAAGGAAAUUGUUUACUUUUAACUGUUCACAAGCAGAGCUUCGUAAAUGUGAUUAUAAAAUGCAAUUGAAAAACCCAUUCAAAUGACAUAUAAAUACGUAUAACUAACAGUGUCAGUUUGACACAAUUGUGUGUUUUAAGAGAGAUAGAAAAACAAGAACAAAAAAACGGUCCUCGCUUAUAUUUUCGUUAACAAAUAAACUGCAAAAGCAUAAUGUUUCUAAGCUUACUAUACGUAUAUAAAAACUACUAUUUAACCAAUGUAAAAGUGUGAAAUGCUGUAAAUUACUAAGGAAAAUAUUGAUAAAAGAAAUGAAAAUAAAAUUAUAUACUAACUAUCGUAAAUAAAA